GGCAGAAGGGAAAACGUGUAUGAAACAAUUGUUUAGCAGUAUAUAAUAUAAAUUCACUGUGUCUGUGUCUUUUGCUUUUACCUUUUUUACAAAUGUCUUAGUUUGAUGUUUCCUAAACGGAAGAUGGCGGCACAGGCGCUGGGUCCUACCAUAGAGUCUCGCGCCUAGAGAGCCCGUGUGUGGCUUCCCGGGCCUGGGAAACUCGUCUAUUUACCCAGCUCAGUAGAGGAAGUUCAGGGCGGGGCCCGCAAUCGGGAUUUCCUCCGUCUGCGCGAAGAUGGUGGAGGAGGAGAGUCUCCGCGUGGUUCGUUGUGGAGGCAGCGAGUUAAACUUCAGGAGACCUGUGUUUUCUGCGGAUUCUAAGGGAUAUGUUUGAAGACCUCAAGACCCCCACUGGAUACCUGGAAUGUCACAUGGUAUGUUUUCUGUGUUUCCGGAGACUUUGUUAAAGUUUAUAGCACAGCCACAGAAGAAUGUGUCCACAUCCUACAUGGACACAGAAAUCUAGUGACUGGAAUCCAGCUCAACCCCAACAACCACCUACAGGUGCCAAGCAGCUGUAUUCUUGUUCCUUUGAUGGCACAAUUAAACUGUGGGACUAUGUAGAUGGCAUUUUGAUAAAGACUUUCAUAGUUGGAUGUAAACUUCAUGCCCUCUUUACUGUUACUCAAACUGAGGAUUCUAUCUUUGUUAUAAUAAAUAAAGAAAAACCAGAUGUAUUUCAGCUGGUUUCAGUGAAAUUGCCAAAAUCUUCAAGCCAGGAAAUAGAAGCUAAGGAGCUGUCCUUUGUUUUGGAUUAUAUAAACCAGUCACCCAAGUGCAUUGCCUUUGGAAAUGAGGGAGAAUACGUUGCUGCAGUGCGGGACUUUUACUUGUCUGUUUAUUUUUUCAAAAAGAAAACAACAUCAAGGUUUACUUUGUCAUCAUCAAGAAAUAAGAAACAUUCUAAGAACAAUUUCACAUGCGUAGCGUGUCACCCAAAGGAAGACUGCAUUGCAUCUGGUCACAAGGAUGGCAAAAUCCGCCUUUGGAGGAAUUUUAACGAUGAUAAGAAGUACACAUACACAUGUUUACAUUGGCACCAUGAUUUGGUUAUGGAUUUGGCUUUUUCAGUGACAGGCACCAGUCUGCUGAGUGGUGGUCGUGAGUCGGUACUGGUGGAGUGGCGUGAUACAGUGGAGAAGAAUAAGGAGUUUCUCCCCCGUUUAGGAGCUACUAUUGAACAUAUCGCAGUCUCACCUGCAGGAGAUUUGUUCUGUACUUCUCACUCAGAUAACAAGAUAGUAGUGAUUCACCGAAACCUUGAGGCAUCUGCAGUAAUUCAAGGCCUGGUGAAAGAUAGGAGUAUCUUCACUGGUUUGAUGAUUGAUCCAAGAACUAAAGCUUUGGUUUUGAAUGGAAAACCUGGCCACCUACAGUUUUAUUCUCUCCAGAGUGAUAAGCAGUUAUACAAUUUAGAUAUUAUACAGCAAGAAUUCAUCAAUGAUUAUGGUCUGAUUCAAAUUGAACUAACAAAGGCUGCAUUUGGCUGCUUUGGUAACUGGCUUGCAACAGUGGAACAACGACAAGAAAAGGAAACUGAGCUUGAAUUGCAAAUGAAACUGUGGCUAUUUAAUAAGAAAACACAAGGGUUUGUUCUUAACACAAAGAUUAACAUGCCACAUGAAGACCACAUCACAGCUCUUUGUUUCUGUAAUGCAGAAAAAUCUGAACAGCCUACCUUGGUUACAGCUAGUAAAGAUGGCCACUUCAAAGUGUGGAUAUUAACAGAUGAUUCUGAUAUAUACAAAAAAGCUGUUGGCUGGACCUGUGACUUUGUGGGUAGUUAUCACAAGUAUCAAGCAACUAACUGUAGUUUCUCAGAAGAUGGCUCUUUAUUAGCAGUUAGUUUUGAGGAAAUAGUCACAAUAUGGGAUUCUGGAACAUGGGAACUUAAAUGUACAUUUUGCCAACGAGCUGGGAAAAUAAGGCACCUUUGCUUUGGGAGAUUGACAUGUUCAAAGUAUCUAGUUGGUGCUACUGAAAGUGGCAUUCUUUGUUGUUGGAACCUGCUCAGUUGUGCAUUGGAGUGGAGUGCAAAAUUAAACAUUAGAGUUAUGGAACCUGAUCCUGAUUCAGAGAAUAUUGCUGCAGUCUCUCAGUCCUCAGAGGGCUCCGACUUAUUUGUUUUUAAACCUAGUGAGCCGAGACCAUUGUAUAUUCAAAAGAAUAUCUCUAGAGAGGAAGUCCAGUGGGGAGUGUUUGUUCCACGAGAUGUCCCUGAAUCAUUCACCUCAGAAGCUUACCAAUGGCUGAACAGAUCCCAGUUUUACUUCCUAACAAAAUCACAGAGUUUAUUAACAUUCAGUACAAAGUCUCCAGAAGAAAAACUCACACCAACAAGCAAACAGCUGCUAGCAGAAGAAAGUCUUCUGACAACCCCAUUUUAUUUCAUAUUGGGAAAGCACAGGCAGCAGCAGGAUGAAAAGUUAAAUGAAACUUUAGACAAUGAACUGGUACAACUACCCUUAACAGAAAACAUUCCCGCAGUUAAUGAGCUUCUUCACACUCCAGCUCACGUACUGCCAUCUGCUUCUUUCCUGUGUACGAUGUUUGUACAUUCAUUACUACUAUCCAAAGAGACCAAGAGUGCUGAAGAAAUGCCUAAUGACAUAGAUAUGAAAGAAGAAAAAGAAAGUGAUGACUCAGAUGAAGAAAAUGAUUUUACUAAAAAGGUUCAGGAUACAAAUGACACAGAUUUGGGAGAAGAUGUUGUACGUCAGUUGUCAAAAGCUGAAGAAAAGGAACUGAGAAAAUUUAGGAAAGUGGACUACAGCUGGAUAGCUGCUCUUUAGGCUUUGUGGAUGGGGGAGGGUUCUUGGACUUUGUGUUUUUUUAUUCUAUGUUGGUAUUCCAAAAACAUCUGUCUUAAUAGUCUGUUCUUAAAAUAAAUAUUAACAGGCUUUACUUUUUUAAAAAA